AUGUUUUCCACCAAAAGAAAUGCAAGGUUUACUCACCCAUUAUUCGUUGAUUCAAUUACUGUUCCAAUUACAAUUUCUGCUUCCAUUGAAGAAUUUUUAUUUACAAGUGAAGAAGCCGCCGAAUCAGAAACAAACUCAAAUGAAUACCAAGAUGAACCAAUUAUUAGUGACCAGAUUGAAGUUUUGGAUGAAUCUCAGCAUGAUACACUAUACUCAAAACCAGAAACUCUUUUAACAGCAGAAUUAGAGACUUCAUAUCAAGACAUUUUCAAAUUAUUAGAUAUUUUGGAUUCAUUAAUAUCAUUAAAUUUAAUAAACAGAUCUACAUCAUUACUUGAAAUUUCAGAUCCAGCAGAAGAAGCAUUAGAACUCCUUGAUACAUCAUCUUCAUCUUAUUCAGAAUCGAUUUCAAACUAUAGUGAUUUUUUAAACAUUUACAAUUCAAAUUCAAAAACAAGUUCAUCAGCUUUAUUAACUCAACCAAAGCAACCAAAAUCAAGACAAUUUUCCUCAUUGGAAUCAAGAAAUGCAGAAUAUUCAUUACCAGCAGAGAAAAUAUACCACUUACAAUCAUUAAAAUCCAAAAUAACACCAAAAAAAAAAAGUUUAAAACUUAAAAAUGUUUCAAUAAAACAAGUAAACAAAUCAACUUGGUUACAAAAAUGGGACAAAGCAAAAGAAGUAAGAAAUAAUGACAUGAAAUUUAAAGCCAAAAAGUACAUUGAUAUAAUCAAAUCAAAAUUUAAAGAUUACUUCAAGGCUAAAUAUUAAUAGACUAUUUAUUAAUCUAAAUGUAUACGAUUUUAUAUUAAUUGGUUCUGUCUCUAUUGUAGUGAAACUAUUCAAUAAUUAAUCUAUGAAAGACGUCAUGUUUUGGAUCUAAAACCGUUAUGACUUAAAUUGUUUCAAAUUUUUUAGUAAUUGUGCUGCAAAUUCACCCGGUAUUACUUUGAACCAGUUUAACCAAAAUCCAAGUCAUACUUCUGAAAACUGAUCAUCAAGGGUAGCAAUUGCUUAACAGAAAAAGUAUUUAGAGAAGAACUGAUGGGAUACUCUGAUUAGUUUCGAAUACAUACUAAUCUAAUCAAAGUUUAUCAUUUUAUUGACAUCAAAACUGAAGGCCCGGAAUUGCAUUAUCAACACGAUAAAGUCGAUUACCUAAUGCUUUAAAGAGUAACACUAUAAAAGCUUUUACUUAGUUUCAACAACAAAGUUUUAACCAAUUAUCAUGUCUACAUCAUGAAAUGUUUUAAGUUUAUUCUAUUAUAUUUCUUUCGUUAUCUCGUAAAUUUUAAAUUAAAAAAAAAAAAAAAAAAAAAAUCUAAAAUAAAUUCGGUUACCGGUCUUAUCCCAAAAUAAUAAACAGUUAACUGUACUCAACAGUUUGAUGAUACCAUGAGUUUUAGCCAUUCAACUAAUGAAUUAAUGUAUAAUAUAGAUCAUUCACCAAAAGAACCGAAUCUACAGUCAACCACACAAGAUCAACAAAGAAUAAUAAAUGCUCAACAAUCACAAAUUAGAAAUUUAAAUGAAGCUACAGGUAGUGCUAGUACUAAUCAAUUUGAGACAUCUACAUCUACUUCACAAGGAUCAAGUAUAAAUAAUGCCUUAACUCAAUUACAACAACUAUCUCGAAAAGCCCCACCCCGACAAUUUCAAUAUCAACAAUUAUCAACCCUGAAUCGAAUAUACGGAACAUCACAUCUUAUACCACAACAACAAACACAACAACAACAACAACAACAACAACCAGAAAAAGUUAAUAAAAAACCUCCUCGAAAGAAUAAACCAGGUAAGAAGUUUGGAGCCAAAAAACGAUCAUGGGUUUGGGCCUGGUUUUCUCAAGAUCAUCAAGAUCACAAAAUUGCAGCUUGUGAUUAUUGUGGUAAAGUUAUUAUUCGAUUAGUUUCAGAUAAAGGAUCACCCAAGAAAUUAAGUGAACAUCUAAAAACUCAUAAGAUUACAAAAGAAACAGUGAAUUAUAGUCGAAAUAUACCGAUUAAUGGUUUAGGUAUAACAUAUACAAAUUCUGGAGAUUCAAUAAACCAACAACAACAAGAUACAAAGAAGUCAAAGUCACCUACUUUUAUAAAUAAUGAAGUUUUACCAUCUAAUAAUAUGUUUGAGGUAAAUAAUCGACGAUAUUUAUCUACUAAGUUUGACAAUACAUUAUAUUCAUCAGGUAAAUUUCAUAAACAUUUAAUAGAAUUUUUAAUGGAGAAUCAAUUACCCAUCAGUGUAAUAAAAUCAAAAUCAUUCCAACAGUUAAUUUACGAUUUACGAACUGAUUCAAUAAGUGAUCUACAUGAGUUAACCAAUUUAUACAACUCCUUAAUUGAAGUGAGUAGAUUCGGAUCAAAUGAAACCAAUAAAACCAAUUCUACAGUUAAUGCAUUAGCUAGAGUACUUGAAAAAAGAUAA